AUGUUCCGUGACUGCAGUGAACACAGAGGACGGCACCUGGAGAAACAGGGAGAGAAGAGGAUCAGCUUAAUCGGCAACAGGGAAUUCUUCAACAACUGGCAGCUCACCAUGGCUGUUUCUCACUGGCUCCUCACUUCUGGGCUCUUUCUGCUGCCCUUCACAACCCAGGUUUCAGCGCAGCAACAAGGAUGUUCUGUCAAUAAUAGCCGACCAAGUGUUUAUGAAAAUAACCCUCUUGGCUACGUGGUGACCACUAUCCAUGUGGAACCAAACUUCACUGUAAUCAUUGAUCCUGCUUCCCCCGAUGUCGGUUUUUUCACUAUACAGGGCUCCGAGCUGCAGCUGAAGCGAAGUGUGGACUAUGAGGCAACCGAGACGUUGCUGCUGGUGUACCUGAUCUGUCAGGACGCUGCUGGGCAGAGCGAUUCUUUAGAAAUCCUUGUGACCAUUCUCAAUAUGAACGAUAACAGCCCAGAGUUUAAGCAGACGAAUCUCACCAAAGUCGUUCCCGAGGACACAAAAGUGAAUGCAACCAUUGUAGCCCGUGGAGAUUUAAGCGCUAGCGAUGCUGACCUGGACAUCAUAUUUUAUGAACUCACAACAGUGGUUUUUGCUUUCCUCCCACAGGGCACAGAAGGUUAUUUUGCCAUAAAAGGAGUUAAUAACCCAGAAAUUUAUUUACAAAAAGCAUUGGACUAUGCGAAGCUUAAUUUGACAACAUUGGUCUUGUACGCAAGGGACAGGCCUGUGGGCAGCACCGAUAGCACCAACACAGCUACCGCAACAAUAAACAUACUUAUCGAACAAGCUGACACCAAAUCACCCUGGUUCCAACCCUGCAACUACAUUAAUGCAGACAAGAGCAUUUGCAUCAGCAGCCCCUAUACUGGGAGGGUCAAUAUCUCCGAGAUGUCGACGGAACCACUCAUCCUAGAGCCGGGACCUAUCUAUGCUAUUGAUCCUGACUACACUUUAAACGAAAAAAUCGUGUACAGUAUUGUUGGUGGGAAUGCAGACGACGUAUUCUCAGUGGAUGCAGACACAGGGAAUCUAACUAUGAACAAAGCAGUAACUUCCCCAGACUCGUACCUAUUGCAAGUGAUGGCCACCCAGGUCAACAACAUACAGAAAUACUCCAUAGCCAGUGUACAGAUUCAGGUCAUCAAUAAAAGUGAUAAUGCACCAUACUUUGAGACCAAGAUCUACAACGGGACGGUAUUUGUUGGUCUGGCCCCAAGAAGCUUUGUCUUCCAAGCUGGGGAUCCUUCAAGCCCCCUGAUGAUAACAGCAGUGGAUGAUGACUUCCCUAAUAAGGUCAACCCGAACAUUGAGUACUACAUAAAAAACAGCACUGAUUUCAUCGCAACCAAAGAUGGACUCAUCCUGACAAACGUGGUGCUACAGUCACUGGGAACGGUAACCAUCGAGGCUGUUGGAAAAGAUACGGUGAGCAUGCAGGAGGCGAGCACUGUAAUCAUGGUGAAGGUCAUCCCUGCUGCAGCUGUAAGCCCCUCUGAUAAGAUAUACACUGCUCAGGAUAUGGCUAUCUUAGGGGGCACAUUAGCAGCCCUGCUAUUAAUUGCCUUACUCUUCCUUGGAGUGAUGAUAUAUAAACGGUAUGGAAAACCCGUCAAAUACCUGAUAAGGAAAAGGUUCUCCAAGGAAAUCUCUCAGGCUUACGAGAACCAAUCUUACAAGCAAGACGAACACCCAGAUGUGAGCACCCAACAGCAUGAGACGUCAGAAAAUGGCAAUGUCCAGUCGAUGACGCAUGUGCUAGAGCAGCCAGCCCUUUCCUCACCCUCUUCCAAUGCAGAAGAAGUUCAUAGCCUCUCAAAGGCUUCUAUAGCUUCCACCAUCACCUUUGACCAGGAAGAGACAGAGAAAGAAGUGGAAGAAGAGAAAGAGGAAAAAGAGACUGAGCCUGAGAAAGAAGUGAAGUCCAUCCUCAAGACAGACAGGCAUGUGGCAGAUGAUGGCUACAAGGCUGUGUGGUUUAAGACCGAUGUGGAUCCAGAUGCUGGAGAGAGGGUGGAAGUGAUUGAAAACAAUGCAGCAGACGAUGAUGGUGACAGUGACCAAGAUCUGCAGAAGAAUGAGGAGGACGAGAAAGAAGAUUAUGACGAGGACGAUCACCACAGAGAGUUGGGAGUGUCCCUUGCCUGA